AUGGAGCAACACAUCGCGGCAGCCCAGGCCGUUCGCAGGAUGCUGUCUCGCGAAAAUAAUCCGCCCAACCAAGAGGCCAUUGAUGCUGGCUUGAUCCCUGCCCUCAUCCGCUAUCUUCCAAGCCAGAAUGACACCUUGGCCUUCGAGACCUGUUGGGCCCUCACCAACAUUGCCUCUGGCACGUCAGAGCAAACGCGCGCGGUGGUUGAUGCGGGUGCUAUUCCCCUUUUUGUGGAACUGCUGGCCUCUCCCAGCGUCAACGUGUUUGAACAGGCCAUCUGGGCGCUGGGCAACAUUGCAGGCGAUAGUGCCGAACUUCGCGAUAUAGUCCUCGCAGCGGACGCACUCACCUUCUUUAUUUCAACCCUGACACAGAAAACAUCGGCCUCUCUGCCUGGCGUAAUGCCACUUGGCUCAUCAGCAACCUCGCUCGUGGCAAGCCCCGCCCUGACUUUCACAUUGUGUCCCCAGUGGGCCCUGUCUUCGUUGAGCGAUGGCCCCAAUGAUCGAAUUGCUGCCGUGUGCGAGGCUGGCGUCAUCCCCCGACUCAUCCAGCUUCUCAGUUUAAACGCACCACGCGUUUUGACUCCCGCCCUGCGCUGCCUGGGCAACAUUGUGACGGGCGAUGAUACCAUGACGCAAGUGGUCGUGGAUGCGGGCUUUGUCCCCCAUCUGGUCAAGCUUGUCGACCAUCCGAAGCGAAGCAUUCAAAAGGAAGCUUGUUGGUCCUUGUCCAAUAUCACUGCAGGCACGGUCAACCAGAUUGAAGUUGUCGUGCGUAGCGGUGCCUUGCCGUUGCUCGUACGGCAAGCCAUAGAUGGUUUGUUUGAGGUAGCCAAAGAGGCAUGCUGGGCUCUCGCCAACCUAUGUGAGGGUGGUACGGCUGCACAGAUCCAGGUGGCUCUUGAGGCCAACAUGCUGCUCGCGUUUGACCGCAUGUUACAAGGCCAGGACACGCGCAUCAUCGUGGUGGCUAUGCAAGGCAUUAUGGCCUCUGCCCGCAAGCUUGAUGGCGCUUUCUACGGCUUUCUGGAUGCCUCCUUGACGCUCAGUCUUUUGGAGGCUCUCCAAGAACAUGAAAAUCCUGAAGUUUAUCGUGCUGCCAUCGCUGCCCUAGAGCUCCUCGAUCAAAACCAGGGCUCUGAUCAAGAAGACUAG